ACUGCAGAAAAUAAAAAUAGAAAAAGAAAAGGCGAAAUCGACGCCAUUACGCUAUCCCGAUCCUUCCUGAGCAUUUCUUCGCUUUUCCUUUCUCGGAUUACAACCUUACAGGUUCGGGUUUCAGGCUAUCAAAAUUAUUCUUUUGCAAGAAUGGCGAUGACUGUUGAGGGCUUGCCGGGCUUGCUUUCAUGUUUUCAGCUAGCAUUCUGCUACAAAUCCUGGCUUGUGCUCUAUUCAACAACUGGUGGCCCAUGUUAUCAGCUCUCAUGUAUGUGAUCGUGCCUAUGCCUUGUCUCUUCUUUGGAGGGGGGUCCACUCAGUUUUUGACUAGCCGGGAUGGUGGAGGCUGGGUAGAUGCUGCUAAAUUCAUGACUGGAGCAUCAGCUGUUGGAAGUAUAGCCAUUCCGAUCAUCCUCCGGCAUGCUCAUAUGAUCGAGACUAGUGCUAUGUUCAUUGAAUUCACAUCAUUUUUCAUAUUUGUCUGUACUGUCAUGUGUUUCCAUCGUGCCAGCCUUGAGGAUGACUGGUGACUUAUCUUAUAUCCGUUAAAUUCGCAGCUGAGUUGCGUCCUGUAUUAUUGACUAGUUAUGGCAAUCAAGAAUCUGGGUCAAUGGAAAAGAAACCAAAAAAUCCCUCCUUUUUGUAUAUCCUCUUCUUGUAUACCUUUUAAAGGCACUGACAAACGCAUGCUUUUUUUGAUUGACAGGGUUUCCCUAGUGGAGCUGAUUAUUGCAAGUAAGAUAACUACUUCACAA